AAAAUAUAAAGAGAAAUCCAAAUGAAGCACUUAAAAUUAUCAGCCUUACUUACAAGAUCAUGAUUUUUUCCAACAUUACCUUUCUCAGUUCUAAAAACACAGGGAAUGCAAAAAUUUAAGAAAAUACAGACUGUGAGCAAUAAGAUUUCACCAAAGACACAAGAAAUCCAAGGUGGGGGGGGGAAGGAUCUAGAAUGCCUGCCCAAAAUAGCUUCACCCACCCCCAAAAAACACACAUACAUGCACACAUAAUUACUGCUUACUGAUUUUUGGGGAGGAGCUUAUGCCCAGCAGUCACCCAAAAUCAUAUAAAUACUCAGGGGUGACACUUGAAAUCAUCAGCUUCUGCUCACUCACCUGUGGCAGAAGAACUCCUCAACAGAGGAGGAUUCACUGCUCUCCAACGCCGCAUUGGAACUCCACAACAGCCUGGUAUGCUAUGAUUUCAUUUCAUUUCAUUUUGAAGCUAACUUCUCCAGGAUACAUGUUUCCUGGUUCAGGAGGAGGGGGUCGAUAUUUACAGGCCAGUGACAGCAUCCUUGCUGCCACCAGGCUAUUUGAGGGACUACAGGUAAAACCCUGGUUUCAAGCAAGGCAGUGUGAGAUUCUUGCCAUUGAUGCUGAAGCAGACAGGACUUCAUGCUUCACUUGCUAUAGCAUUAGACAGAACCAGUAAGGUCAUAGAAGAGUAUCUAUGUAUUUCUGUGGAAAACCUAUCUUCAUUCCAGGAGUUUUGAAAUAGGCUGAACUUAGUUUUGAAGCCCUAGUAUAACUAGCAAAAUAGUCACUGCUUCUGAAGAUAGUGAUUUUAACUGGCACCUAUUUAAAAUUACUUAUUUUCUUAAGAGGAAAUAAUUACUGGAAGAGUAACAGAGAGACUCUUGCCUUCAGUGUAUCUAUAGAAGAGCUCUCUACCAUCCGAAACCCUUGGUCAACAACACUGAUUCCCUUUCUCUUAGAGUAUUUUUCACAGCUGGGUGAGGAGGUGCCAGAGGAAUUAAGCAUAAAAUAAUACAAAGCUGUUAAUAGCUUAACAAAACCCAUUUAUGCAUUCACAGAAAACUGAAUUGAUCAACUUUCCUCUAAAACAAACUUUUUCCCCCCCCUUUCUAACACAGAACGGAUUUGGAAACAUGCAUUUACAAAUAUCCUUACUGCUGCUGUUUUGUCUGAACAUUGUCCAUGGUAGUGAUGGAUACUUUUCUGAGCGAUACCAGAAACAAUCCAGCAUUAAAGGGCCACAUUUCCUACCAUUCAAUGUAAAAAGUCAAGGUGUGCCGAUAAGGGGAGAACAAGGACCCCCUGGUCCCCCAGGCCCUAUCGGACCGAGAGGACAACCAGGUCCUGCAGGAAAACCAGGGUUUGGAAGUCCAGGUCCCCAGGGUCCCCCUGGUCCCCCAGGACCUCCCGGAUUCUCUGCUGUUGGAAAGCCUGGCAUGCCAGGUUUACCAGGAAAGCCAGGCGAUCGAGGAUUAAAUGGUGAGAAAGGAGAUGCUGGACCUGUUGGGCUCCCAGGCCCUCCAGGAGCUCAAGGGCCAAGGGGUCUCCCUGGUGAGAAGGGAGAACCAGGUAUUCCUGGUAUAAAUGGACAAAAGGGAGAAAAUGGAUUUGGAGUUCCAGGCCAACCAGGUAGCAGGGGGCUUCCAGGCCCACAAGGACCCCGAGGCCUCCCUGGUCCUGCUGGGAUAGGGAAGCCUGGUGAAAACGGCCUUCCAGGUCAGCCAGGUAUGAAAGGUGACAGAGGUUUACCAGGUGCACCCGGAGCAGCUGGUAUCCCAGGUCCCCAGGGUCCCCCAGGAGAACCCGGAGAACCAGGUGUUGGCAAGUCUGGACCAAUUGGACCACCCGGAGCAGCAGGCAUCCCUGGAGCCAAAGGACACCCUGGACCAGCAGGCUUGCCUGGAUCCCCAGGUCUGCCAGGAUUUGGAAAGCCCGGAUUGCCAGGGAUGAAAGGACAUAGAGGGCCUGAAGGUCUUCCUGGCAUUCCAGGACCAAAAGGAGACCAAGGCCCAGCUGGUGCGCCAGGUGAACCAGGGCCUGCUGGACCACCAGGCAACAUGGGCCCUCAAGGACUCAAAGGCUUACCUGGUGAAAAUGGCCUACCUGGACCCAAAGGCGACAUUGGCCCUGUAGGCCCUGCAGGAUUCCCUGGAGCGAAAGGUGAAAGAGGCCUACCAGGAUUAGAUGGAAAACCAGGAUAUCCAGGUGAACAGGGUCUUGCUGGUCCUAAGGGACACCCAGGUUUUCCAGGACCGAAAGGUGACACUGGCCAUGCUGGAUUACCUGGCUUGCCUGGUCCAAUUGGCCCACAAGGAAUUAAGGGUGUGCCAGGAAUCAAUGGUGAACCAGGCCCCAGAGGACCUUCAGGAAUACCUGGGAUCAGAGGCCCCAUUGGGCCCCCUGGCAUACCAGGAGCCCCUGGUGCGAAAGGUGAGCCAGGAGCACCAGGACUGCCAGGUCCAGCAGGUAUCUCUACAAAAGGCUUAAGCGGACCCAUGGGACCACCCGGACCCCCUGGCCCUAAGGGCAACAAUGGAGAGCCUGGCUUGCCAGGCCCACCAGGUCCUCCUGGUCCCCCUGGCCAAGCUGUAAUCCCACAGAUGCCAGAAAGCUAUGUUAAAGCAGGUGAGUCUCGAGACCUAUCAGGAAUGUCUUUUAUGAAAGCAGGAGUAAACCAAGCCCUUACAGGGAUGCCAGUAUCUGCUUUCAGCGUCAUCCUCUCAAAAGCCUACCCAGGGGCAACAGUCCCUAUUAAAUUUGAUAAAAUCUUGUACAAUAGGCAGCAACAUUAUGACCCCAGAACAGGAAUCUUUACCUGCAGAAUCCCUGGACUUUACUAUUUCUCCUACCAUGUACAUGCAAAAGGAACAAAUGUUUGGGUUGCACUCUACAAAAAUGGUUCCCCACUCAUGUAUACUUAUGAUGAGUAUAAGAAAGGAUACCUUGACCAGGCUUCUGGUAGUGCUGUCAUCGAUCUCAUGGAGAAUGAUCAAGUAUGGCUCCAGCUGCCCAAUUCAGAAUCUAAUGGUCUCUAUUCUUCUGACUAUGUCCACUCCUCUUUCUCAGGUUUCUUAUUUGCUCAAAUCUAACAGUGUCUCACUUAGGCAGACCUGACACUCCCUCCUUCAGACCAUUUUAAUUGGGUUCUGACUUGAUAUGUUAUCAGUAGGUCAUGCAACUUCAAUUUUGCAACAGAAAAGAGAGAGAGAGUGAGAGGGUAGAAGAAAUUGGUCCAAACCUAAUAAAAUAAUAUUGUAUGUUUUUAGAAGAUUGUCAUAGAAAUUUAUUUCUGAACACUUUGUUUCAAACCAUGAUCAAUUGUCCAACUGAAUGCAACAUUAAAAGUUUAUGAAUUAAUAUGAUGCACGUGUCUUUGUUUUUUUUUAAGGAGAAUCAGUACUUCUGUAAUUUCUCAGAACAUGCAAAGUAGCCAUUCCACGACUCAAGAUCAUACUUCACUAUACCUGAGUUAACAGAAGGUAUUAUUCAAAGUAAAUAGUCUCAGACAUAGUGUGCUCAUCGCAACAGUUACAGAAUAUACUUCAGGAACAUUAGUCCGCUGUCAGCUUCAUCUU